UGAAGAAACAGACAAAAAGAAAAAAGAAAAAAGAAAAAAAUGGUUUAAACAUGGUUCUGCGGCGUGGACUUUUUGCUGAAUUUCAGAUCCGCCACAGCAGAACCUUAAGAAAAAGAGAGAAGAAAGAAACUUUCUUUUCUUUUUUUUUUUCUUCUUUUUGCUUCCAUAGAUUGAAAAAGUUGUUAACCGCUCACCUCCACCCCACAACUGUAACUCGAUUUUUCAUCCAAUGGCUGAUAAUGGAACCCGCCAUCCCUCGCCGCCGGUUUCUUCUCCUCCUCCAACGUCUAAAUCUUCUUCCACUUCUUCUGCCCGUCCAGCUACUAUAUCUCUCCCUCCUCGCUCCUUCAAUGAAACGUUCUUCACUUCUGGCAUCGGCAUGGGCUUCAGCCCUGGUCCUAUGACUCUUGUUUCUAGUUUCUUCUCUGAUUCCGAUGACUUCAAAUCUUUUUCACAGCUCCUCGCCGGUGCUAUGGCCUCUCCUGCCGCCAAUACCAACAACAACAAACUUCCCUUUCCUCCUCCUCAACAGAGUAAAAACUCUCUUGCUGACGUCAGUAAGCCUGCUAAUUUGUCCAUCGUUCCGCCGUCGCCUAUGUUCAAUUUACCUCCGGGGCUGAGUCCUAUGGCUCUUCUCGAUUCUCCAGGCUUCGGGUUGUUAUCUCCCCAGGGAUCCUUUGGAAUGACACACCAGCAGGCUCUAGCUCAGGUUACUGCCCAGGCUGUACACGCCCAUUCCAGUAUGCAUAUUCAAGCACAAUAUUCAUCAUCUUUACCAUCAGCACAGGCAACAUCUUCUACACAGUUUUCAUCUGUCACAACAAAUUCAACUACACUCCAGCAGAUGCUACCCUCAAUCCCAGACCCUAGUGAUUCCAUUAAGGAAUCUUCAGACUUCACUCAUUCUGACCAAAGAUCCCAAGCUUAUUCACUUGGUGAUAAACCUAAUGAUGACGGCUACAAUUGGCGAAAAUAUGGGCAGAAACAGGUGAAAGGUAGCGAAUUUCCUCGAAGUUAUUAUAAGUGCACGCAUCCCAGUUGUCCUGUCAAGAAAAAGGUUGAGCGAUCUCUUGAUGGUCAAGUAACUGAAAUUAUCUACAAGGGGCAGCACAACCAUCAACCUCCACAGCCCAAUAAGCGUGUAAAGGAUGCUGGAAGCUUGAAAGGAAAUUCAGAUAAUCAGAAUAAUUCUGAACUAGCUUCUCAAAUUCAAGUUGGAAAGAUGAACAAAUCUAAAGAUAGGAAGGAUCAGGAAUCAAGCCAGGCUACACCUGAACUUGUAUCUGGGACAAGUGACAGUGAGGAAGUCGGCGAUACUGAAACUGCUGUAGAUGAAAAUGAUGAAGAUGAACCUAAUCCCAAGAGGAGAAAUACAGAAGUCAAGGUAACAGAGCCAGCUUCUUCACAUAGGACUGUCACAGAGCCUAGAAUCAUUGUGCAGACUACCAGUGAAGUUGAUCUUUUGGAUGAUGGCUAUAGAUGGCGCAAGUAUGGACAGAAAGUUGUCAAAGGCAAUCCUUAUCCAAGGAGCUAUUAUAAAUGCACAACCUCAGGCUGCACAGUCCGUAAACAUGUCGAGAGAGCUGCAACAGACCCACGAGCAGUUAUAACAACAUAUGAAGGCAAACAUAAUCAUGAUGUUCCUGCUGCUAAAGGGAGCAGCCAUGGCACAACCAGUAGUAACCCAUCCGAGCGAAAACAACAAAAUGUAGAGAAGCAUUCCUUAGAUAACAGGAGAGACUUUGGCACCAAUAAUCAACAACCUAUAGCACGGCUGCGGCUAAAAGAAGAGCAGAUAACAUAAUUUCGUUCGAGUUAUCAUGGAAAGCAGGAUACCACGGACAUUUGCUACAGAUCAUGGACUUGCUGUAAAAUAAGAGAGAAGUCAUUAUGGAGCUAACUUUCUUGGAUUCAUUAGAAGACACUAUUGUUAUAUGUAAACAGGUUAGCAGGUAUAUUUCAUUGAAAUCCUGUUGUGUGUAUUCUUUUGUACAUUAUCUUGAAGUAAUGUUGCUUAUAGUUGUUCACAAAUCAUAACUGUUGUAUUUGGAUUAAUAUUUGAGAAUGCUGAUAUUUUCCUUGUCUUAUCACCA